UUUUUUUUUCCUUUUUUUUUUUUUCUUUAUCAUUACCAAUCCAUCCUUUGGUACUUUUAUAGUUAUGUCAUUUAUUACUUUUAUAGACUCUGACGCUACAAUCUUGGAAGAUGCUUGUAAUCAAUGGACCGACUGUAUGUCAUGUGUAGCAGAUAGUGGAUGUGCUUUUUGUACUAGUUUGAAUAAAUGUAUUCAAGGAAACUGGUUUGGUGUUGUGAAUAAGACAAUGGAUUAUUGUCCAGUGACUGAUUAUUAUUACAAACAAUGCAAGUUUUCUAGUUUACCUUUAGGAAUCAUGACAUCUAUUGUAUUCUUCUUAUUACUGAUCUUGGUACUAGUUGGGCUUUGUUAUCUUUGUUGUUGCUGUUCAUGGUGUUGUCGAUCAUCAGAUCAAGAAGAAGAAGAACGUCAAGUACUACUAGGUGAUCGAUCAAGAUACUAUAGACGUUCAUCUACUUAUUAUCAAUAUAAUCGACCAAGUCCUCUUACCACCUCACAAUUUCAUCAUCAACCUCACUCUACUCAGCAAAGACAACAACCAUCCGCCUCACCAACUGGAUUUAUAAAUCAUCAUCGACGUUAUGGUUCUGGAGGAGGAGGAAGAGGUGAUACUGGAUAUUCAGCUUAUGGUAUAUCACCAGAACAGGAUAACAAUAACAACAACAUAACAUCAGAUACAUGGGAAACUCGACGUUCUCAUUUAUUGAAGAAAUAUGCUCGUGAUCCACCACCAACAACAACGACAACAAAUCAUUGAUGGAAUUAUAUUAUUCUCUAGUAUAUUCUUCAUUACCUUAUUGUACCUACCAUUCCUCCGUUCUUACCCCUUCUUUUUUUUUUUAUUUUAUUAUUUUAUCCGCCCCUUUCUCCUUUUCAGUCGUAUACAUUUAUUCCCUUUUUGAUUCUCCCCCCUUUUUUUUUUGUAUCCUCCAUGCUAUCAGCCAAUUCUCUCUCUCUCUCUCUCUCUUUUUUUUU